UUAAAAAGAGUUUGAAAUUCUGAUUUAUAACCUGUUUUCAGGAAUGUACAGUAUGCUUGUAACAUGAGCUAGAAUCAUGUAAGCCAUUGAAUAAAAGUUGUUUCUCACGACUUUGUACGCAAGGAAAAUACUAAGAUGUGUUCUGGCAUUUUUCCGAAAACUUGAUAAACCGAAUUAACCACCGUGUCAGAUUAUUCAAAUGUCAACAAGACAUGAAGGUCAAAAUCAAGGCGGCAUAUUUUUCCUUUCUUCCUUGCUUUAGAACGACCAAAUUUAUAGUCAAAGGGUCUUAGAAUCUUCCCAUGGGCAGUCAUCAAAAUGUUUCAGGAUAACUUGGAGUCAUUAAGCCAAGAUAUCCAUGAGCAAGUCAGGCUGAGCUCAGGAUUAAAAGAUUGCACCAUUGUCUCUAAUGUUCCACUUCAAAUCCCUGGCGCAAGUUUUAUCUCUGUUGAUCCCACCAAUCAUGAGCAAGAUCUCGCUGAGUUUGCUGACUUCAUUCAUAUAACCACUUGGUGUGUGGUGGCCAUCAUCCACCUUGGCUCAAAUACCAGCUUUUCAGUCGGAAAUGUGAAGACUCUGAUCGAAAGGAACAUGCAUUCGAAUGCUUUUUUCAUAGGAGAUGUUUCAACCCUCAAUUUGAGGAAAUGGGAAAGACCUGCCGUUAUAAUUGAGAAAGCAGAAAAUUCAGACUACCAUGCCCAUGUUUAUUGUGGUCGCAUGAAGUCCAGUUAUUGGCGCUUCAAUGAGAACUUUUGGCGAGUUGGGAAGAGCUUUCUUUACCCAUUUGGUUUGAGAGGAGAAAGAUGCUUGCCACUGCUAUUCAAACAACCAUUUCAUGUGGGCUGUCAUGGACUAUUACCAAAUAUCUUUGCUGACAAAAGAGACGAUUCCGUUAGUGGGACUGACGCGGAGGCAAUUCGACUUUUGGCGGAUAAGUAUCACAUGGAGCUAGAAUUUCAAUUGGGAAUAGUGGGAGAUGUGACCACUUUGAAUGAAAAUUCAACUCAUUUUCUGGCUCAGAUUUUUCGAGGUGAGCUCCAGGGUGCAAUCCCGGGGUUGUUGGCUUACCAGAAUAACAAAGUCUUCGACCUGUCUAACUACCUUUUGUUUUCGCAACUCCGAUAUGUUACCAGGGUGCCCACAAAGACAGUGUCUUUCGGGAAUGUGGUCAAAGGAUUCGACAUGUUCAGUUGGAUUGCAAUGUUCAUCGCUCUGACUUGUUUCUCGGUCACUUUUCAGACCAUGUUUCAUGUGUAUAAAUUCGAGCUGAAGGACAAAGCAUUGUACAAUAACCCUGGAAACCCGGUUGACUUCUUUUUGCUCACUUUCAGCACUUUCGUCGAGCCCCAUAAGAUCAAUUGGUUUCCGUCUUGGUCUGCAGGGAAAAUGUUAGCCCUUUUAUUGUCGGUGUUUGCCCUGCUAAUGGUAAGCUUUUACAUGUCCAACCUGAGAACCAAUCUGAUUGCACCACGUUUGGAACCGGAGAUCAACAAUCAUGAGGACAUCCUCAAAUAUAACAAAUUUGUGCAUGCAGAUGUACUGUUCAUUUUUCUUCGUCAGUUUGAGGUCUCUCCAGCUUUUGAAAGGGUUUUGGACAGAGUUGAAGAAAUGGGUGGUUGGUACUCAUCAGUCCAAGAGGAUGGGAUACUUGAACCAAAAGUGGAGGCGGCAGUGCUUAACAAAGGAGAUGUCUACAUAUCCAUUGGCGAAAACGUCCUUUACUCAUAUUUGUUCCAAAAGACGUUGGGUUUUCCCAAUCUGAGGAUAUCGAAUGAUGGGCUUUACAAUUUCUACACGUCUUUACGAAUCAAGAAAUAUUCUCCAUAUACACCCGAUAUCAACCAUCUCUUCACCAUGUACCAAGAAGUUGGUAUAUUUAAAAAAUUCCUCAACAAACCUAUUCCCAUCAUUGCUCUGCCUUCAACAUCGAUUGGUUCUCAGCCUGAAUCGUCGGAGAAUUUGAGGAUGAGCAUGGAAAUGUUGUGGACUCCUAUAAUACUUUUGGCUUCUGGAACUUUUGUUGGUGGUAUCGCAUUGCUUUUUGAAAUUGUCAUGGCUGGUCACAAGAAAAUGGUGUCAAGAAUAUAAAGGAAUGACGAAUAAUGUACGUUAGAUCAUACUAACUAAGUACACUGGAACUUUUGUCGAACUUGUAAUGCUCUCCAUCUAAACAAUGUGUAUAAAACAUGUACUUCAUCUUAGUACAAGUUAGGCGGAUUCAUAUAUAUCUCAUCCUCUAGCAGUAAAGGAUUUCCUAACUUCGUGCAUUUCUUUGUAGUUGUUUUUUGGUUGAAGGAAUCACAUUGCUUAUCGAAAUUUACAAUGGACAUGAACCUUUGUCAAACUUGUAAGG